AUGGCCAGCUCGUACCCCCGCAAUGACUCACCUUCCAGCGACGAGACUACCUCCGUGUUGGGGACCGGCUUAACGACUCGGCAUCUCGAGGCUUUUGGCCGCAAAGUCACGACCACGGCUGGCCAUCUCAUAGGCCCGAUGCAGGACACUCCCAGAGGAACGCACUAUCACUCUGCCGUCAAUGACAUUCGUAAAGAGCUGCGUCGCCCGUCGAUGCAGCGGAGGAUGUUUUCUCUGGCUCAGACCACCCCCACGGACCUCGUCCGAUCGAAACUAUCCACAUCUGAAAUCCAAACUCGCGCCCUCUCGUCCCUCUCGGAUGAUUUGCUAGCCAACAUUCCGGAGGACACGAGCACCUACUCUUUGUUUCAAGGGUUCCAGGCCUCGAUGCCCGAAGAAAUUUACGAGAUAGAUAACAAGAUUGCAAAUUUGCAAAGAAAGAGAUCCAUGCCCGUCCUCCACGAACAUUUUGAGCCAGGCUCCAUGAUCAGAGAACUAGAAGCGCAUAAUGAUAUGGUAUCGGCAAUAGAUUUUGACGUCCCCUUCGGAACCAUGGUCAGUGCAGCGUUGGACGAUACAGUCCGGGUGUGGGAUCUAAAUCUCGGUCGAUGCAUGGGAUUUUUGGAAGGACAUCAUGCCUCCGUCCGCUGCUUGCAGGUCGAGGAUAACCUCGUCGCAACGGGAUCCAUGGACGCAUCGAUCCGGCUAUGGGAUCUCAGCCGUGCAAAAUAUGCACCACGGGAUAAUCGCAUUGGUAACCACGAGGAGGAUGACGAGGAGGAUGCGCUUGGGUAUGAAGACCCCGCGGCGGCACCCCCUCCGCCUCCUCCCUCUAGCAUGGAAGAUUGCCGACUCUUCUCCCUCGAAGCACACGUCGAUGAGGUAACGGCCCUUUACUUCCGCGGCGACACGCUCAUAUCAGGGUCGGCGGAUAAAACACUCCGGCAGUGGGAUCUGGUCAAGGGCCGAUGCGUCCAGACGCUCGAUGUCCUCUGGGCUGCGGCGCAGGCCUCAACGUUAUCCUCGAGUGAAAAUCCGUGGCGACCAACCGGCCGGCUCCCGGAUGUGUCAGCGGAUUUUGUCGGCGCAGUGCAAUGCUUCGACGCGGCCUUGGCAUGCGGAACAGCAGACGGGAUGGUACGCUUGUGGGAUCUGCGUAGCGGACAGGUGCACCGUAGUUUGGUGGGACAUACUGGGCCCGUGACGUGUUUGCAAUUUGACGACGUGCAUUUGGUGACGGGGAGCAUGGACCGGAGUGUACGGAUCUGGGACCUCCGAACUGGGUCUAUAUACGACGCGUACGCAUACGACAACCCCAUCACCAGCAUGAUGUUCGACACGCGUCGCAUCGUCUCCGCGGCGGGCGAAGAUGUCGUCAAAGUCUACGACAAGAUAGAGGGGCAGCACUGGAACUGCGGCGCAGGAGUAAUAGCAGCUGGAGAACGCAGGACAGCGUCAAUCGUCGAUCGCGUGCGGAUCAAGGAUGGGUAUAUGACGGAGGGGCGGAGGGAUGGAAUACAGCCAUAUGGCAACCCAUUACUGUACAAAGAUCCACAAUCGCAUCUGGCUUAA